AUGGCAGUCGCUGAGAGAUUCACUUUUACUGGGAAUCAGCUACUUUUUUUUGUACUUUUACUCAGUUACUUACAGAUAUACGACUUACCGGCGGAGGAACUUUUGGAUUCAUACAAGAUUGGAGGAGAUGUUUCAAAAACCAUCCGUGACGCAAUCGAGAAAAAUAAUUUGAGCAGAACGAAUAAAGGAAAUUGGAGCAUCCAAAAAGUGGACCGUUGGCUGACUAAACUCACGGAGUUUACAAAGGACGACGAACAGAUUAAUCAUCUGAAGUUUGCUGCUAAAAGGUUAUCUCCAAUUGAAGUACAAUAUCUAUUGCGUCUCGUAAUGAAGGAUCUUCGCUUCAACGCAGGUGUAAAGCACAUACUGGAUGGUUUACAUGCAUCAGCUUAUGAAGCUUUUCAAAGUUGCCGUGACUUAGCGGAAAUUGUCGAAAGGUAUAAGAAGCGUCAACUUGGAAAUGUUGCAGCCUCAAUGGAAGUUGGAAUUCGCCUUGGAACGCCAGUGUUACCUAUGCUGGUCAGUUUUUUUUUCGUUUUCUUCUUGCCGUUUUGCCAAUUAGGCGGAGCCAAGUGCCAAGAUCGGAUUCAACAAGCAAUUGAAAAGCAUUGGUGUAAACGGGAUGUUCGCUGCAAUCAAGAUACGAUGAGAGAAAGAUGUUGCAGGUUCAUAAAACUGGUACUUCAUUCUCGUUUUACUCACGAAGCCUCAAACCCGUACAGCACCAUAAGAUCUCGCAUUUCGAGAAAGUCAUUCCAAAAGCGUUCCCCGCUGGACUUGGACCUGAUUAUUGACGCCGAGGUCCUUCUUGUGGACAAGUCGAACCGGUAA